CCCGGUCCUGCCGGGACUCGCUCUGCGAUCCAGCGCGCGCUCCCCGCGCUGCGGCCGCUCCGGCCAUGGGCCCCCGGAGCCCCGCUCGCCCAGGGGUCGCUGUCGCCUGCGGCUGGCUCCUCACCGUUGUUCUCGGCGUCUGCAUGUCAUUCAAUGUCGACGUGAAGAACUCCAUGACCUUCAGCGGCCCCGUGGAGGACCUGUUCGGGUACACCGUUCAGCAGUAUGAAAACGAAGAAGGGAAAUGGGUCCUCAUCGGCUCCCCGCUGGCCGGCCAGCCCAGGAACAGGACCGGGGACGUCUACAAGUGUCCGGUGGGCAGAGGAGAGUCGUCACCUUGCGUGAAGUUGCACCUGCCAGUCAAUACGUCGAUCCCCAAUGUCACAGAAGUAAAGGAGAACAUGACGUUUGGGUCCACGCUGGUCACCAACCCCAAGGGAGGGUUCCUGGCCUGUGGGCCCCUCUACGCCUAUAGGUGUGGACACCUGCACUACACCACGGGCAUCUGCUCCGACGUCAGCCCCGCCUUUCAAGUCGUGAAUUCCAUCGCCCCUGUACAAGAGUGCAGCACGCAGCUGGACAUCGUCAUCGUGCUGGACGGCUCCAACAGCAUCUACCCCUGGGCCAGCGUGACCGCGUUCCUGAACAACCUCCUGGAGAGGAUGGACAUCGGCCCCAGACAGACACAGGUUGGAAUCGUGCAGUACGGAGAAAACGUCACCCACGAGUUCAACCUCAGCACCUACUCGUCAACGGAGGAAGUACUCGUCGCCGCCAACAAAAUCGUCCAGAGAGGCGGCCGCCAGACCAAAACAGCCCUCGGGAUAGACACCGCCAGGAAAGAGGCUUUCACGGAAGCCCGGGGCGCCCGGAGAGGGGUUAAAAAGGUCAUGGUCAUCGUGACUGAUGGCGAGUCUCACGACAACCACCGACUGAGCCGGGUCAUCCAGGACUGCGAGGACGACGGCAUCCAGCGGUUCUCCAUCGCCAUCCUGGGCAGCUACAGCCGAGGGAACCUAAGCACCGAGGCGUUCGUGGAGGAGAUCAAGUCCAUCGCGAGUGAGCCCACGGAGAAGCACUUCUUCAACGUCUCCGACGAACUGGCGCUCGUCACCAUCGUGGAGGCCCUGGGAGAGAGGAUAUUUGCCCUGGAAGCCACGGCCGACCAGUCCGCCGCUUCGUUCGAGAUGGAGAUGUCGCAGACCGGCUUCAGCGCGCACUACUCACAGGAGUGGGUCAUGCUGGGCGCGGUGGGAGCCUAUGACUGGAACGGGACGGUGGUCAUGCAGAGAGCUGGCCGGAUCAUCAUCCCCCACAACGCCACCUUCAACGCGGAGUCCGCCAGGAAGAAGGAGCCGCUCGCCUCCUACCUAGGGUACACAGUCACCUCCGCCACCGUCCCCGGAGACGUGCUGUACAUCGCGGGCCAGCCCCGGUACAACCACACGGGCCAGGUGGUCAUCUACCGCAUGGAAGGUGGGGACAUCCAGAUUCUCCAGACCCUCCACGGAGAGCAGAUCGGCUCCUACUUCGGCAGCGUCCUGACGACGGUCGACGUCGACAGAGACUCGAACACCGACAUCCUGCUGGUCGGCGCGCCCACGUUCAUGGGCGCGGAGAAGGAGGAGCAAGGGAAGGUGUACGUGUACUCUGUGGACCAGACAAGGUUUGAGUACCAGAUGAGCCUGGAGCCCGUUAAGCAGACGUGCUGCUCGGCCGUGAAGCACAACUCGUGCACCAAGAAGAACAAGCACGAGCCGUGCGGGGCCCGCUUCGGAACGGCGAUCGCCGCCGUGAACGACCUCAACCUGGACGGGCUGAACGACGUGGUGAUCGGCGCGCCGCUGGAGGGUGACCACGCGGGCGCCGUGUACAUCUACCACGGCAGCGGCCGGACGCUGCGGCGGCAGCACGUGCAGCGUAUUCCAUCGGGCGGAGACGGCGAGACACUGAAAUUCUUCGGCCAGUCCAUUCACGGAGAAAUGGACCUGAACGGGGACGGUCUGACGGACGUGACCAUCGGCGGCCUGGGCGGUGCCGCCCUCUUCUGGUCCCGAGACGUGGCUGUCAUUAAAGUGACCAUGAGCUUUGAACCAAACAAAGUGAACAUCCAGAAGAAAAACUGCCGCGUGGAGGGAAAGGAAACCGUGUGCAUCAACGCCACCGUGUGUUUCGACGCGAAACUGAAGUCCAAGGAAGACACGGUUUACGAAGCCGACAUGCAGUACCGCGUCACGCUGGACUCGCUCAGGCAGAUGGCUCGCAGCUUCUUCUCGGGAACCCAGGAGAGGAGGGUCCAGAGGAACGUCACCGUCCGCGCGUCCAAGUGCACCAAGCAUUUCUUCUACAUGUUGGACAAGCACGACUUCCGGGACUCUGUAAGGAUCACCUUGGAUUUCAACCUCAUCAGUCCAGACGACGGGCCCGUCCUCGACGACUCGCUGCCCAGUUCGGUGCACGAAUAUAUCCCCUUCGCCAAAGACUGCGGGAACAAGGACACGUGCGUGUCGGACCUCGCCCUGGGCGCCUCCACCCCGGACCCCCCGGGCGCGCUGCUCGUGAGGUCCCCCGGCGACAAGCUCAACGUCAGCCUCACGGUCAGGAACAAGGGCGACAGCGCCUACAACACCAGGACCACGGCGCACUACUCCUCCAACCUCAUUUUCUCCGGGAUCGAGGCGAUCCAGAAGGACAGCUGCGAAUCCAAUCACAACGUCACGUGCAAAGUGGGGUACCCGUUCCUGAGGAGAGGGCAAAUGGUGACUUUCAAAAUAAUAUUCCAAUUCAACACGUCCUAUCUCAUGGAAAAUGUGACCAUCCACUUAAGUGCAACAAGUGACAGCGAAGAGCCUCCGGAAACCCUUUCGGACAACGAGGUCAGCCUCUCCCUCCCAGUCAAGUACGAAGUCGGGCUCCAGUUUCACAGCUCUGCCAGUGAAUACCAUAUUUCAAUCGAGGCCAACGAGACAUUGCCCGAAGUUAUUAAUUCUACUGAGGACGUUGGACGUGAAAUUAAUAUCUUCUACUUGAUUGGGAAAAGUGGACAGUUUCCGAUGCCGGAACUCAGGCUGUCGAUUUCAUUCCCCAACCUGACGUGGGACGGUUACCCCGUGCUGUACCCGAGUGGGUGGUCGUCCUCCGACAACGCGAACUGCAGACCCGGCGACCUCCGGGACCCUCUGGGCCUCAACUCAGGGAAGAAGACGGUGAGGCUGCAGCCCGACGACGUCAAGCGAGGCGCCAUUCCGGACUGCAGCGCCUGCAAGCUGGCGACCCUCACGUGCAGCCUGCGCCCCUCCGACGCGAGCCAGGUGAACGUGUCCCUCGUGCUGUGGAAGCCGACCUUCCUGAAAACGCGCUUUUCCAGCCUGAACCUUACAGUGAGGGCGGAGCUUCGGAGCGAGAACUCGUCCCUGGUGCUGAGCCCUGGCAACCAGAACCGACAGCUCGCGAUUCAGAUUUCCAAAGACGCGCUGCCGGGCAGGGUGCCCCUGUGGGUGAUCCUGCUGAGUGCCUUCGCCGGCUUGCUGCUGCUGAUGCUGCUCAUCCUGGCUCUCUGGAAGGUUGGAUUCUUCAAAAGACCACUAAAAAAGAAAAUGGAGAAAUGAAGUAUUUCGCAAGAGAAAAAAAUAAUUAUUCAAUGAUUUAUCCUCAGGUUUGCCUCAAAUAUGUGACAAGAAAUUUAUAAAUGUAAUUAAAGACAUAGUCACAUAAAUAUAUGUGACCCACCAGGGUUCAUCACUUGGAGAAUGACAGAUCAAGGAAGACCCAAAAACAAGGAAGAUCCAUUUACCUUCUAUAAAAUGAUGAAAACUAUUUUUAAAUAGUCGCUCACUUUUGUUGAGUACUGAAGCAAAAUUACAGUGUUUUAUGGAUGAAGAAUAACCUUUACAGAUGAGUUUAUAUAUUAAAUCACCAUUCAGAGUAUUUAAGGAAGGAGUGCAUGAGAAGAUUUUUAUCAUUGAGACAUUUACAUUCAGAACAAUAUAAACGAAGCUUUUUCUGUCGAUUCCUGAUGAAUAUACGUUCAACCCGACAUUAACAUUUGUACAGUAAGUGCUGAGCGAAGGAUCACUCCCCCCAAUUCCAAUGAGAAAAGUUCCCCAGGCAGAGUCUGCCUACGGACCGAAAUAAAGUGAAAUCACAGAGGACACAUUCAGUGUCUUUGUGCCGGAUUCAGUCCUCGCACGGUGUUCUUUCCAAAGUGUUUGGAAAAUAGUGUCAUUGAGCUGAAAUUCUAUCUGUGAUGGAAAACCAAGAUAGAUCUAUUUAAAAGCAAGUGCACUGAAUGGACUAAUAUAAGCUUUUACAAAACAUGCUUAGUUUUGAUAUGGAGCUCUAAAGCUCAAGAUUGUUUCAUACUGAAAAACAAAAACAAAAACAAAAACAAAAACAAAAAACAACCACUGAGAGCAGCUCCGUGCCGAACCAGUGACUGGUUAGGGAAGGCCAUUGUGCGCGGGUCGCGCUGAGACGGACUCUGAGCGCCACGCCGCAGCCUGCGCCGCUGACCGCCGCAGGCCUCCCUGCUGCACAGCUUCUGAGCUUCAGGGGGCCCCCCUGGGUGCCCGAAGGAGUAGGAGUUCCCUCAGCUCCUUGGUACACGGUCCAUGCCAGCCCUCCAGCCAGCCGUGCGCGUUCGUCUGUCUCGGAUUUCGGAAGCUGAUCCCUUCUGCCAGCCCUCUCAUGUUCACGGAAAGGCGGGGCUCCCUUUCAGCACGGCGUUUCACCAGGGGGCCGCCGCUUGCUGAGCGUGGCACGCCCGCGUGGCCACAGACCUGCAGGCACGGGUGUUGCGCAGUUCCAGGUGCGGGACCUCGCGCCCGCAGAGAGACGUCCUCACGCCUGGGUGCGUGACUCCUCGUUCUGGGAGAGAGCGCUGCGGUGCACGGGAUCCCGCUGCGGCGGCGUCGGCCCCCGGGUUGCUGCGCGGCUUAGGAAAACAGCAGCGAGCGCGCAGGAGCCACGCUGGAGAACUCCUGCCGCGCGGUUUGCUGGCGCUUCCCCAACGGCGCCCCCUCUCCGGCCCACGGCCGUCACCAGCCCAGACCUGUCACUACCCACAGCGGCCUGGGCUCUGCCUGCUCUUCUCAAAAAGCAGCAGCAAAUCCGUGAAGAAAUCCAAUGACCUGGAUUUAAUUUUUUUAACCAAGGGAUUAUCUGAGGACAGUCUUACCUGACGACCACCCGCGCCGACCUCUGAGCUCCUGGAGGUCAAGGCUGUGCCCCCGGGGCAGCUAGAAGGGCAGAAAGGCCGAUGUCCCCAGGGCUGCGGUUUCCUCCCGCUGGGAGGUCACUGUGCAGAACAGUCGGCUUUGGAACCUCCUUCAUUCCUGCCGCCUAUCGCCGGGUGCAGAAAUCACCUUUCCGCCCAACAAGACUUUCUUUGUUCACCAGAACCCGGGCCUCUCCCAUCUGCGGGGUCACCGGGGGGCACGAUCCCGCGCGCAGCGGGCGGGGCAGCCCUGCUGCGAUCCCAGCGCGUCCUCAGAAGGGAACGGACUGGCGAGACCAAACUCCCGCGCGCGCGUGCGCGCGCGGCACCUGCGACUCUCGGUGAAGCAGCGCCGAGCCAGGGGCGUGCGCCCGUACACGCGAUGUUAGCACGAGGGGGAGUGGGAACGAUGGUGGCGCGAACCUUCUAGAAAGGAGGGCAGGACUGUUGGGCCAGGUCGGAUGGCUGCUUAUGAACCCGGCAGAGCUUUCCGCGCGAGCCGUUGCCGGUUCUCAGUAGGACGCGUCAUUCACCCGAGACCCCCCUCCCCCAACACGAUAAUUUGUUGAGGCGCAUGCGUGUGUCUGCGUGUGCGUGUCUGUGCAUAUAAUUACGCGCGCGCGCGCACACGGAGACACAAAUGUAACGCAAAAUACCUCAAUAAGAGUUUACAAAACCUAAACACAGAAAAGCUACACCAAGAAGAAAAUUUUGAUUCACCCACUUCGCAUAUAGUUUUCAUUUUCAUUAACGUUUCACUCGAGCAUAGAGUUCUGCAGCUCAAACGCAUAUAUACAGAGGCUUUGAUUAAAAAAGAUACGGCAACAGAUGUCACAAAUUAUCUUUGUACAGAUGUUCUAAAACAAUCAAUGAUUAAGAAAUAUAGUAAACUUUAUCAGUUUAAAGUAUUUAAUAAGUAAGUGAAAUUUAAGCCUAUUAAUUUAUUGGCUAAAUUAAAUUGCAAAGUGCUUUUAUUAAACUUUGGUAUUUAAAAAAUUGAUCAUCGCUUACCCUGUGCACUGAACUAUGUAUGAAGGCCUUCUCCCCACCCAGCCUCCAAUGGUGUAUCGGUAAAUUAUUUAACUCUCUCUCCAAAGGGAAAAAAUUCCUGAUUUGCGUCAUUAUCCAAUUUCCAUGUCCUAAACAGCCUCACCAAGGCCAUUAUCAAGCUAUUAACGCAGACCUCACCAGCUUGCAAAGUCCCUGAAAAUGUAUGCCAGCUCUCAUGAAGGAGCAUGAACCAGCUUCAGCAGUCACUGCGAUUACGUGACAGUGAUAAACUGAUACAGAGAUGUAACGUGCUGUACAUAUAUACACAUGCAAACACACUGUAUGAUUAUUAUGUCAAAUGAUUGCUCAACAUGCUGGUCUCCAGCCCGCAGAUGCAACACCACACAGUUCUGUAUUCUCCAGCUUUAAUCUCUGAAGGCACGGCCCUGCUUUAACAGUAACAAGUCGGCGCGGACUCGCAGGAGGAGGGCGAGGCGGGCAGGGAGCCCGCCGAGGCGGGCGGCGAGACCAGACUCAGCACCUCCCAGAGGCCGCCUCCCCGCCCCAGGAAGCCAGGCCCUGCGAGCAGUGCUGGGGAAGGUCCUUCUCUGUAAAUGUGUUUAACUUCUCUGAUUCGGCUUGAACUUCAGUGAUCCAGUUGAUUCGGUCUGUUCGAUUAUUUUCUCUGAGCACAAGGUGCAUGGACAAUUCCCUCUUCGGCUGUUUUCUCUAUGUCAUCAAUGUUCUCGAAAUGAAACUGUAGAGAGAGAUACAAAAUGUGAUGCUUACUCAACCGUAGUGAUUUUACCUAGAAAUGCAUGUAUGUGCCCUGUCCUUCUGUUCUAAAACCGAUGUGUGUCUAGGCUCCCUGGGGAAACAAACCCUCGUACCAAAGCCAAGGUGGCUGCCCAGUGCUUGUGUGACACCGACUGUAGCAGAGGCUGUGAGGCGCCCUGGCCACAGUCCCUCUGGGCACACCCCCACCGCCUCCCCAAGGGCCACAGCCUACAGCGUGAGGGCAUGGCCGCCCGCCGCUCUCCACGCCUGUGCAUCACGCAGGACCAUCCCACUCACGCCUCGUGGCGUGCUUUGCAUGAAUUAACCGCCUGGCUUUGCACAGCCCUGAGAAAACUAGGAAAGGCCCCGGGCGGGAGCAUGGCUAGGGCAGCAGCCACAUUAAUGCUCAAAUAAAAAGGCGUCUGGCCAAUCCCUUUCUAACAAAUAUCACCUGGGCACCUUUGUUGGUUUUGAGCACGUCUGAGGCCCCCCUCCAGUCGUCUUCUCCCCAGGAGAGGUUUCCCAGAAGAUGGCUGGAGAACCCCGUCGGACACAGAUGCUCUCUCCGUGGGCUGCAGAGACUGCGUGGCUUCUGAGAGCCUCCACGGCGGUGACGCGGUGUGAGCUAGUGGGGACGCAGUGCAGCGUGCUUCAGAGGUGGGCCACCCUGACGAGGCAGACCAUCGUGGGGUACUGUCAGCAACCGUGCCACAGUGUGGGGGCUGGCGGGGUGCAGCCCGCCCACGGGUCCCCGUCAGCACCCCACAGUCGCAUCCCCACCCAUGGAAAUCACCGUCCCCCAGAUGGAGAAGGUGCUUUCAAGUCCUCGCAGCGGUGCCGUUUUUAACUAAAACGACGUGACUGUGCACAGGAGACUUUUCAAUGUGAACACAGCCUCAGGGUGAGUCCACUGGGCAGCCCCUCCAAUCAGACUGCUGUCGCCGAGUGCCUUUGACACACAACUUCUGAAACCACGGCGGGGCUCAGCGUUACCUCAGCGGUGCGUCGCCCAAGGCUCAAGGCCGCCGGGUCUUCUGGAGAGCAAGAAAAACGGAGUUGACGUCUAACAUUGGAACCUUGUGAACAAGUCAGUCUCCUUGGUCCUCACGUUAAAAGUCACCCUUGCCUUUAGAAAUUCCCCGUAACAGCCUUUCACACCAGCCUCGAGGAAGUGGGGGCAUGUGUGGGCCAAGCCCAGCCCCGCGGUGCCCCCAACAUCUGGGCCCAGCAGGUGCCCUUCCUCACGGAUGGGGACGGAGCCUUCGGCCCCUGGCGAGCCGCGGGCUGAGCUCCUGAACCCACUGGUGCCCAGGUCAGCCCCCACCAGAUGGGGGGCAUGCGCACCUCUUGCUGAGCUUUUACCGUUCCAAAAAAAUACGCAAGGGUGACUUUCCCUUCCAACGUUGGACUCCCUGCGGCGAGAUCAGCUUUGAUUUUUUUUUCUUUUAAAAAAUACACCAGAUCCUUUCACCCGUCCCUGCUGAGGGUCGGACUCACACGAGGCUCCCUCCUAUUUCCCUCCAGCACAGGCGGGGGCACGUCGGCGCCCUGCGCCCUGGGCAGCGGGCCCUCCGCGCCAGUGAGCGGCGCGGUGGGACGCUCUGUGCGGAUUCGGGCCUCCCUGGGCCAGGCCGUUCUAAGCCUUGCGCCCCUGCAGCACCCUGAGUGGCAGCCUGCUCUUUUCGGACACUUGGAAACCCUUUACCUGACACCAUGGAAGUCACGGCAAUACACGAGGUGCUGGUGGCACUGUCACUGCGAUCGUGUGUGAUUUUACUGUAUUUCAAGUCACGUCUUUCUGGAAGAAGACUGGGUCGGGACUCCAGGGGCCUUUCGGCCGCAGACCGAGACUCACGCACGCGAAGCAGAGCGUCUCACUGCAGCCCGGCCUCCGCACGUGGGCGGGGACCUUCCGAACGGCGCAGGCGGCCUGCGGGCACCACCUGUGCGCACCCCGUUUGCCAGACGUGGAGGGAUUGGCUGGGGGAGGUGAGGGUGUCAUCGCUUCUCUCCUCCACGAGCGGGCGAGCAGACGGGAGCCACCACACACGGGACACGGCGGUGACUUUCCAGGAGAUCUCAGCGCCCCGGGCCCAGAGCCGGGUGGCAGCGUUGCUGUCGGCCCCCUGGGGUGUGCCGCGUCUCGGGAGGAAGAAUGAGAGGCGGGGUGGGGUGGGGGAGGGGAGAUGAAGCUAUUGACCUUGUGUGCACCCAUCCUCACUACUAAAUGUGCUGCCCGCUCCCCCGGGCCACAGCGGUCCUGUCCCCGGCACUGUCGGGUCCACUUUUCGCCUUUUCACAGGCCGAGCGCGGCGUAAGUGAGGACGGGGGCGGGGCGGGGGGGGACGGGGACAGUCUUCGCUGCCCGCUCGCCCGCCCGGGCUAGCUGCCUGGAGCUGACCCACCGCGGGCUGGCGCCAGAGCAGGGGUUCGGAGCAGCCUCUGGUCAGCCCUUCUUCGCACUGGAGCCAGGCCACACGGGGCGCCCCGAUCCUUAGCGUGUGUGUGUCUGAGACCCCCCCGCCCGCGUUCAGGACGCGACGGCCCGCCGCGCGGCCCAGGUUAGGAGCGCUGGUCCGGAGGGAGGACCGCACGCUGUGUGUGACUGCUGCGCGGCUGUAGAGUUGUUCGCGGACAGGGUAAAGAACUGUGACCACUUUAUGAGAGAGAGGACAAUUGUGUAUAAUAACUGCCGCCCUGAACCACGCAUAUCACAUUCACGCCAAUAAACCUGCCUGCAUGGUCUAACACAAAGUCCAAGGCAUUGCUUGUUUUUUCUUUACCUCGGAAUAAACUCACGCAGAGUGUAGGGGUAAGCGCCAUUCUGCCAGACUUCUCACUGGAUAAACUCCUUAGAAGAUGCUUUGGUCAAAUUCAAGAACAAAAAAGGCAUGACCUCGGCUAACUCUACUAAUUUAUUAGGUACCUAAUUUAAACCCACUUUUUUAAAAAAAGAAAUCCAUUUUUGGGUAACAGUGACUUAAACUGAUAAAAUUAGAAAGAGCUGAGCGAGCAAAAGAAUGCUCUGAAUGUGCCGCGCGCCGGGCAUCCUGUGCGCAGGGGUGAGGUCAUCUGGGCGGCAUUCUGUGCAACCGUCUUAUCUUGUGCAUCAGCUGUGUGUCUUGCGUCCAGUAAACGAGCAUCCUGCCUGUUACGUUGAAUAAAAAAGUGACUCAAAGGAGAA